AUGAGUGACUCGGAAUCCAUCGUGUUUUGUGAGCACACCGAGAAUGACUCGCUCCACGGGGGAGGCCCGCGCGGCCCCCAGAGCAACUCCCACCAAAAACGGGAAAUACCGCUGAUGUUGGACAAACCCCCGCUUCCUCGCACCAAGAGACGGGAAAUCGUUAAACAAGCUUCGCCUCCUUUAAAGGCAGCUCACCCGAAGUCGUCAUCCGCCGCCGCCGAGGGGAGCCACGACGACUGGGCCUCUGAGCACAGCGAGAGCAUUUGCUUUCACAUUGAUGGCGCCGAAACUAACGCCUCGACAGCGACUGGGGGGGUCGCGACAGCGGUCAACACGCCCCAGUUCCCUCCCACGCACGAUGCCGGCGGAUACGAGGCACACCGGACGGACAGAGGCCGCUCCGGUAGUCAAAGGACAGAUUGCGAUGAUGAGUCGAUUCAUUUUUAUAUGGAGGGCUCCAUCCGCUCACGGCCAGGAGUCAUGCCGCACACCGAGAUUGUGCCCAACGAUAGCAUCAUCUUCCAAGUGGUGGAUGAUUCAAAAACGGAUGACACCGCUCCCGGGGAAACAAGCACCCCGCCGCUAGACAAGGACACGGCAAGCCCCGUCGUUCCCACGUUGCACGCGACGAAAGAGGCAGAAGGGGAUGUAUUGGCGAAAAAGAUUCGGUCAUCCCGUGCCGUGCAGGCACGGCGAGGCGAGGAUGCGCCAAUUAAGGAGAAUACCGCAAAGGGAACGGCGCACGCAAACCAGCCUCAGCGCGCUCACCCAGCGUCUACGCGCGGCAAACGUAUCCCAUCUUUGCCGCUGGCGGAGAACACAACCAAUAACAAGUCGACAGGGAGCAUUCCUUCAUCCCCAUCGUCGGUUGCAGCACAUGAGGAAGCUCUGAAUCACGGCUCUGCUUUGCCCACAAUACUUACCUCUGAGAUCAGUGGGGCACACCUGGGGGCAACGCGCACGCGCCAAGGCGCUGCCCCUGUGCAUUCCAAAGAGGACUCGCGUGUAGCAAAGUCUGCGGCGACAGGCGUGGGAAAGGCUUCACUUCCAAAACGACGCUCGCGAAGUUCCAACUUGGUGGAGCAAGUGAAAGUGAAACAGGCACCCACAGCCGUGGAUAAAACAUCGUCGGACCGUUCGCCUCCUCUCGUCUUCACGGAGGUGCCGGUGUCAUGCCCCAGAACGCAAUUGGAUGCCACGCGGGUCUCUACUCUGUACUUGCUGGAGGAGCGGAUUCUGCAGGCCAAGCUGUACACAGAGCACUGGCGUCUCUUCAACGAUGUUCAGAGAGAGGAGAUUGCGCGUUUGAUAAAACUCAUUGCGAAGGCACGCCAACCGGAGAAUCUUCUUUGCCCUCUCGACACGGGCGCGAAGGAGAAACAACCGACGACUGUCGCGCUGGGUGGGUUUGCAGACCUUUUAAGGCAGAGGCGCACCGCCAUGCGGAACCCUGCGGAUGCGGCUACAAGGAGCACUUCCCACGUCCCACAGCCCAGAAGAAGUUUACUGCCAGGAUCCUCAAAACGGGCACUUUCGGUGCCCCCGAACGGUACCGUUCCGCGUGGUCCAGGGUUGUCUAGGCGAAGGUGCGAUCGCGGCGUUUCCGACGCCAGGCUGCUCAAGGCUGCCAAGGCAAGACGAUCCGCACCAGCGUUGCAGGAACCCCAACCUGCUCCGGUGCAGGCGACACGCGGCGGGUGGUUUCCUCAGCUUCACAAUGCAGCUGCACGUGAUGGCGCUUCGAAGCUCGCCCAGACUCUGGGCAUCAUUUGGCCCCCGUGCUCACCGGAUGCUCUUUUUUUCAUGACAGGGACCCGCCUGACUCCGCAGCAACGGGAUGAGUUUUACGAGGCAGUGAAGCUUCAGUGCGCGGCAUCGGAGGGUCUCUACGCGGAGUUGCAGCGCUCUGUGACAGCGCAGCCGCGGGAACUGAGGGCUUCCCACCGGAAAAAGUUGAUGCUAUCACGCACCUCCAUUUUGCGGAAGGCCUUCACAUUGAUGGAUGUCGACAAAAGCGGCCUCAUUCGCACCACGGACAUUCCAGCGAUGCAGUGUUUGCUUGAAGCGGAGAGGAAACAACUAGAGGCUAAGGCAGAUGGUGGGGCCAAAACCGCCACCGUUUUUGCGCGUGCGAAAGCUGAGCAACGUCAACUCAAAGGAAUGAUUGAUGCCAAGCGCGCUGCGAAGAACAGUAACGGCGCGAGUCUCUCUGCUGCCACAGAGGUGGCACUGUACGGUCUUGUUAUAGAUGUUAUCUUUCCACUUAUUAGGGCCUCUAAUUUGGUUGUGUGUGACUUUGCAUCUCUUGGUCUUUUGGUGUUUGGGUCCUUGUAUCUUUCUGAGAAGGGCGCGAGUGCGAGUUUUGUGGAAUGGCGUGAGGCAGCACGACGUUGCUUUGAAGCUCUUGCAUAG